CUGCGCCUCCCUCCGCCGCUGAUUGAUUCGGGAACUUCAUCACAACGUGUGUGAGUGAGUUUGAUGUUGGCUGUUGUGGCUCAUGCACUGUCGCCGUUGUGUAAAGCCAAAGCGGGUUUUCUCCUAAUGCUUUCAGCAAGAUCACGGAUCACGGAUGCAUCUUAGCUGAUUCUCUGCCGACCAUUUCCCAGCAGCAGCUCCAUCACACACCGCCGACAUUUUGGCUGUUUUAUCUAAAACCCAAACUAACCGUGCUGCACUUACACCCUCUAAAACCAUCAUCAUAAUAAUCAUCCGCCUUCACCAGACUCGGAUCCUUCUGGCUGCUUUCCGGACGGAGCGCAGUAAUGGCAGAGCAUAUGUCCCAGAGUGAGCUGGAUUACCCGUUCAAACUUCUGGAGUAUUUUAACGGCUUCAGAGUGUCCAAGGUGAUAUUUUCAGCCUGUGAGCUGGGAGUAUUUGACCUGCUGCUCAGGUCCCAGGAGCCUUUGAGUGCCCAGCAUGUUGCUCAGGAGCUGGGCACCAGCUUGGAUGGGAUGGAGAGGCUGCUGGACGCGCUGGUGGGCAUUGAGAUCCUGGAGGUUGAGAAGACAGAUGGAACAGCUUUGUACAGCAGCACCGAUGUGGCAAAUCUUUAUCUGGCCAAAGGCAGCGCCAAAUCUCUCCAUGACAUGAUCGUCUACAAAUCCCAAACCAUCUACCCACUGUGGAACAACUUGGUGGAUGCUGUCAGGGAGGGGAAGAAUCAGAAUGAAAAGACAUUCGGCCUUCCAGCAGAGGAGGUCUUCCAAGCCAUUUACAGAUCAGAAGAGGACAUGCUGAAAUUCAUGGGUCUGAUGAACUCGUCAUGGGUUCUGGAUGGACAUGACGUUGUGACAGCGUUCAAUCUCUCCGGCUUCCAGAACGUAGUAGAUCUUGGAGGUUGCACUGGUGCUUUGGCCCGUGAGAUGGCAAAGGCGUAUCCCUCAUCCACCGUCACAGUGUUUGAUCUCCAGCAGGUCGUGGAAGCGGCUCAGAAGCAUUUCUCUCAGGAGAAUGAUGCUAUUGUAUUUCAGUCCGGAGAUUUCUUCACUGGUGAAAUCCCCACUGCGGACUUGUACGUUCUGGCCAGAAUCAUUCAUGACUGGCCUGAAGAGAAGUGCCUGACGCUGCUGAAGAAGAUCUAUGACAUGUGUGCACCAGGCGGCGGCGUCCUGCUGGUAGAAGCGAUGCUGUUUGAGAACAGACGAGGGCCCAUCAUGACUCAGCUUUUCUCCCUCAACAUGCUGGUGCAGACGAAGGGCAGGGAGCGCCCACCGUCCGAGUACACACACAUGUUCAACAAGACCGGCUUCAAGAACAUUCAGGUCUGCCGCACCGGCAAAUCUUAUGAUGCCAUAUUGGCCAUCAGAUGAGCUCAGACAGAGAGCGGGAUGCUUAGAAAGCAUCUGUCAAAAGUCUGGGAAAUCAGAGAAAGGUUAAGUGGAAACUUCAAGGCCUCGAUAAGGAACAGAUGUCAACAUCAAACUGUAAACUGUGGGGAGAAAAAAAGAAGUUGUCCACAUGGAUCUCCAGUUUAUGUUAUCGUCAACACCAAUUAUGUUUUUAAAAUCUUUCUUACAGUUCACCUUGUCUUUCGACCACACCUCUGGAUAGAGGUUGCUGCUGUAAAAGAUAAUAUAUUUUAGUCAUACUUGCGUCUAUAAGUAAUGUUCUCACCUUACACCAAGCAAAAUAAGAUUCAAGAAUGGGUUCAGAUUAAAAAACAUGUGCAAUAGAAAUGGAGCAUUUGAGUCACCGGACCCUCCUCCUCCUGCUCAUUCCUGUAAGCAUGCAUCCUCCAGACACACAUCUUGGAUGAAAGUUCAUUUGAACAAAAAAUAUUAUGUUUAUAAUUUUUUGUAUUAAAAGUCUUGCAUGUAAACACAGCCACAGGAUGUUGGGAGUUUGUCCUUGUAGCUGAUACUGUGACAGUUCUUUAGUCUUAAAUAUUUAUUAGUUGAUGUUUUUACAGCCUCCCUGAAUUUUUGCCUGGACUUUACACAGUUUACACAUCAGUUAUUGUAUUACUAUCGUGUUAAAUUGUUGUUAUCAAAGCAGCAAUUUUAAGAAGUCAUAUCCAAUAUGUAAUGUGAUCAUUUGUCUCGGUUUCUCCUGGCAAAAAUUACGAGGAUCCAAGAAUUAUAGAUAAUGAGUCUUACAGGGUUUUUUUUAUUUAUAAUAUGGUGUAUCCAUGAGCAAACUAUGCAAAGUAUAAUAAAAUACUUCAUUUCACUGA